CUAGGCCGAAAAUCACGAAUCGUAUAAAACAUCAAGAAAAUUAUUUGAAAAAACCUAACACCGGAAACGGACUUCACCUGAUGAAUACCUAAAUGAAGGUAUUCUAUUUGAAUUUUCUAGAAAUUGAGCAUGUCUGAAGUUUACCAUUCCUAAACAUUUUACCAUUCUGUGUCCAAAGUUAUUAACGGGGAAAAAGUCUGGCAUCCGAUUGCAAUACCCUUUCUUAUCGCAAAGGUAACCAUAUUUAAGGCCUUCCGGAAUACCUUGCGGUAGUCAAAACUGGCUAGAAAAAAAUAUAUAAAAAAACAACCCUGAUCCAGAGUCCUUUUCCACACUUCGAGAGUAGUCGGCACAAAGAGAUAGUUUCGGAAGACAAAGUUUCAUUCUCGGAAUAUCCGAUGACACUGGAACAUCUGAAAAAAUUGCAUUGAUAUUAUUAGCACUUUUAUGGACAGAAACUGUGGCAUACAGAAACUUCAUCAAGCACUCUCUGAGAACUCUCUAAAAACAUGCAGAAGCAGUUAAAAUCUCAGUUACAAGAAAUGCUAGUUAAAUUGUUUUCUAAAAUCUAGACCCCAAUAAAUCUAGAAAAUCUCGAUACAAUUUAUAUUAAUUAACAUUAGAAACAAUGUUUGAAGCUUCCAGCAAACCAGCCGCAUAAAACCGAAGCGCAAAUUUACCAAUCUACAGGGCAUAAAACUCAGUAUAUUUAAAUACUCAACCAUCCUGCAAGCUUUUCAACUUUUAACUCAAAGGUCCAAUGUCUUACUUCAUUGCUCAAAUCUAUCUACAAAAGCAUUGUCAAACUCUCAACAUUGUCAUUUAAGAUGGUCAAAGCAUUGUUUUACUUCCAUUGAGCUUCGAAAUCUGGUUGACGUUUUGAUUCGAAAUGGGCAAUCCUAAGGCCGAGUACAAUGUGAAGAGGAGCUGCACUGAUAUCAUUUGCUGUCUGGUGUUCCUGGUUUUUCUAGUCGGAUACACGGUGAUAGCUUUCCUCGCUUUCUACAAUGGGAACCCUGAACUACUCCUGCACCCACAGGACAGCGAGGGUGACUUGUGCGGGAUUGACAACAAGGAAUGGGGUGGACCGGACAUGAGUGAGAAACCACACCUGUUCCUGUUCGACAUCACAAAGUGCGCCUCAUUCCCCUCCUUCUCCGCCGAGGGAUCUGUACAGAUAUGUCCCACUGUCAAGAUCUGUGUCUCUUCCUGUCCCUCGUCCUACUGGACUUACGUGGGCGAUGUCUCUCUUUACGAACAGGGCAAGAAGGACGAGAUAGACUAUGAAAAAUACAUCUGCCAGUAUGACGUCACCGACCCUGAGAACACCCUGGACGGAGAUCCGACUUCCCUAGUUGGUCAGGACAAGUGUGCCUCCUACUACCUGGACUCUUUCUCCCUGAUGGGAUAUUGUGUGCCUAAGAUUCUGGAGGAUAUCGCGGACCAUGGAUCCCAACUUGCGAUCAAUGCCCAGACAGGCGAAAUGACAAUCAAUGGGGAGCCUGUGACUACGGAUCAGAACAGUUCAGUGACCUAUCAGGCACUUACAACUGGUGCGAAUGCCCUGAGUAGUGUGAUGGGUGCUACUGAGAAAGCGUCUUCCUUCUUCCAGGAUAUCUACAACACCGGGUGGCUCAUUCUCGUAUUUCUCGCACUAGGGCUACUGGCCACUUUGUUCUGUCUCUUCUUGUUGCAGUUCUUCGUCAAUAUAUUUGUAUGGACUCUGCUGUUUCUGGUGCUGUUCGCUUCUGCCUUGUUGUCCGUGUUCUUCUGGUACGAGUACAAAACACGAAAAGACGAAGCGAACGAGAGUGGUUCAGAGCCAGAAAACUUCAAACUGACAACGAACUUCGCCUACUACGCGGAUCUAUAUACGACUUACUUCAUUCUGGCCAUCGCUUCAACUGCGCUGUUCGCCAUCCUCCUCUUCACCAUACUGUUCCUGUUUAACAGAGUCAGGCUGGCUAUUCAGCUGAUUAUCGAGGGCAGCAAGUGCGUGCUUGACAACCUGGGCACUGUGCUGCUCCCAGGGGCCACUUGGAUUCUCAUUAUCGGAGUAUUGACCUUCACCCUUGUGACUGGAGUGUUCAUAUCCGCAUUUGGAGUGGAGGUCAGGAACCAGAACACCACUCUGCUGGAGGAGUGUAGCAAGAAUGACAGCACGAGUCAGUGUGUGCAUCAGAAGUUCUCCAACUGUUAUGUCAAUGUCACGGAUGCAGGCGCCGCAGCUGCAGGCAGUAACUGUUUCUUGAUGAACUUCGUGAGUGGGAACUACAUCUGGAUGAUGCAGCUUUACAACAUACUGGGGGGUCUAUGGCUGGUGUUCUUCGUCAUAGGCGCAAUCCAAGUCAUCCAGGCAGGAGUCUAUGCUGACUGGUAUUGGAAUCAAGGCGACACAUCUGUGCUACCAACUACUCGAUCUGUUUACAGGAUGUUCAGGUACCACACUGGCUCUGUUGCAUUUGGUUCUUUCCUCAUAGCCACUCUCACUCUGCUGAGGAUGCUGCUGGAGUACAUAGACCAGAAGCUCAAGGACAAGGACAAGAGCGAUGUGGCCGAAUUCAUGCUCAAAUGCAUGAAGUGCUUCAUGUACUGCUUGCAGAAGGCGGUUAAGGUGAUCAACAAGAAUGCUUACAUUGUGAUCGCUUCUUAUGGGAAAAACUUCUGCUCCUCCGCGACUGAGGCUCUUCGGCUGUUGAUCACCAACUGUCUGAGAGUGAUAGUGCUGAACACAAUCACGGAGGCACUCUUGUUCACAUGCCAAUUAGGCAUAGUCACUGGCAUGGGUUUCUUCUCCUACUAUGCCAUAACUAAGGAAUGGUUCAGCGACUACUACCACACCCCCGAACUGACCUACUUCUUCGCUCCCAUCAUAGUAGUGCUAGUGGGCACCUGGGUCAUCUGCAAACUAUUCUUCGAUGUGUACGACAUGGCCAUAGACACCCUAUUUAUAUGUGUACUAGAGGAUCUGGAGCAUAAUAAUGGCUCCAAAGACAAGCCAUACCACAUGAGUAUGAAUAUGCAAAAGCUGCUAGUCAGAGGCAAGACACACAAUGUUGGGGACGAAGACAGCGAAACCAAAAUGUGAAUACAUCAAUUGGAAUAACAAACAUUAAAAUCAGAUAUAAUUAAAAUCAAGACGAAAAACAAUUAAAGACGUACGAUUAUCCUAUUUGAAGCUCUAACAGUUUACUAUAAUUGAGUUUGAAUAAUA